AUGAAUUUAACUACUUCAUCGCCCAAACCAUACGUUGUAUAUUUAACGAAAGCAGAAAUAUCUAAAAGGAAUUAUGACUUCUGGCUAUGUGGCGGUGCUCUAGUAACCAAGGAUUUUAUCCUGACGUCAGCUGCAUGCGUAUCCGACGUAAACUAUUUGUAUGCCAUUGCUGGAUACGACAAAUAUGUCAUCGACGAAGAUAUUGAAAAAGAUGAGUGUACAAAAAAGAUGAAAAAGAAAGUGAUUUUCACCUGUGUUCCCGUAUCUUACAAUUUUGACUUUGAUCUGCUAGAAAAGUGGUCAUAUAUAGACAUCGCAUUGGUAAAAGUGGAAUCACCUUAUGAUUUCACAGACACCACUUAUACAGAAAUCUGUUCAUAUAUUCCGACUACAAUACCUAUUAAUUAUGAUCCUAAAUAUCAAAUGGCUGAUAUAGAUGCCAUCGUUUUGGGAUGGGGGCAUGACUUACUGUGGCGAAAGCACGGAGACAUUAUAAAUUACAACGCCGAAAAGAUUGAAUACGCACCAACCUUAGUGAUGGAUAAGCGGGACUGCAUGAAGUCUUAUGAAGUUUAUCCAAACAUGACGUAUAUUAUAGAGCAGUAUAUGAUAUGUACUUUAGAAGAAGGCAAUUUAAAUGAUAAGGGUGAUCCAAUAGUAAAGUCUCUGCCCACUGCAGAAGGAUGUACCGGAACACAAAAAGCAGGUCGUGAGGGUGAAGAUUGUGAAGAGCAGAAUGAUGCGAAUCAAUUUUCACGAAGAGACAUUUCGAACGACAAUAGAACAUACUAUAACUAUACUACAUACGAAUACAUUAAGAAAGCUGCUCGAGAAAGGAGAUUCAAUCGCACUAGGCGGAGUGGAAUCUGUCAGAACGACCACGGCGGACCACUCGUCACUUGGGUCGGCACAAGAGAAGUAGUCAUAGGUGUUGCAUCAGUUUUCAAAAUAAAUGAAGCUAGUGAAUGCAUUGGACCCUUCCUAUAUACAAGCACACAAUGUAAUGGAGCGUUCUUGGAUUGUGUUUUAAACGCUGACAUUGAUCAGCAAAAUAAGAAACGAAAGUCACGGCGAAUGCUGCUCUGCGACAGUCCGCCCAGCGUAAAGGGCUUUGAUAUGGUGAAAAACCACAUAUCUUGGAAAAAUCACCCAGCUGGUCCUGCACACAAUGAAAUGCCUCACAACAAUAUCCCGACAAACCCUGUGGUACCACAUAAUUAUCAACCGAAUCCAAAUACAUUUCAAAAUUACAAAAAUCCACAGUACUCGUCACGCGUGACUCCACAUCCUCAAUAUGGAAGUAACGGCUUACGUGGCAAUAGGUACCAUGACUAUGGAGCUUACCCAGAACAUUAUAAACCACCUUUAGCAAGAUACCAAGGAAAUAGACUGAUACCUGGCUUCGAAAAUCUAGAUGAGCCUACAUACUCAAUGCGACCACAGAACCCUUACUAUGAACCUCAAGCAUAA